GGCGACUUUGGGUUACAUAAAGUCGUUCGGGUUACCGAGAAGAUGUUCAGACAAAGAACGUCUUUCAAUCUUCCAAGUUCCACUUCCAGCAAACUGACAGUAAAGGCUCGAUUGAAGGGGCAGAAAGCGGAGCCAGACCCCCAGAUUGGCAUCACUGAUCUGACUCGAAGCUAGCGUUCUAAAACAACAGUUCAAAAUGGCCAGAAAGGGCUGUUUAGUGCGCCUGAAGAAGGAGAUGACUGCAUUUAUGAAGGAGCCGCCGCCAUACAUUCCAGCGAUUGCGGUAAAUGAGAGCGACAUGCUGACAUGGCACUUCCUUGUCGAAGGGCCACCGCAAACCCCAUACGACGGAGGCUGGUACAUUGGAAAGUUACGCUUUGAGCCUGACUACCCGUUUGCCCCACCUGCCAUCUCGGUGGUGACCCCCACGGGCAGGUUCAAGACCAGCACACGUCUCUGCCUCUCCAUGUCUGACUUCCACCCAGAGCUGUGGAACCCAAUGUGGUCCGUGAGCACAGUUUGCACCGGGCUGCUGUCUUUUAUGUUGGAGGACACUGCGACGACGGGCUCCAUUGAGACCUCAGAGGUCGAAAAGCACCAGAUCGCUGCCUCGUCUCUGCAGUACAUCCAGGAACGGCCCGUGCUGCGCAACCUUUUCCCGGAUCUGUUGACGUUGGCUGCAGAGGCGCAGAAGAGGCAGAAGGCCGGUCAGCACAAGGGUGUGACUGUAGCAACAGGCCCGGGAUCAACGGAAGGGAGAGGGGAAGAGCCAGAGGUAGAUCAAAGAGGUGACAGUACGGCAGAGCCUGUAGAGGCUCAGCAGCGGGAGGGACUUGGGAGCGCUCAAGUUCAGUCUGAUCAGGAGGACGUCCGAUCAACGAGCACAACUCGGGCCGAGCAGGCAGAGUCAUCAACAAACGGCAGACUACCACAGCCAGGGAGGGCCUCUAGCGGUGAGCGGGAGUCGGUACAGCAAGUGGAACGGGGGCCCGGAGGCGCGGGGCCACCAGUCGAGCUACUGAGUCGGUCGGGCUCUUGCCAGGCUGACGCGUUGCUUCGAAGAGCCCGCGCCCAGGUGGUCUUGGGUGAGCUCGACGCGGCAGAGGUGAGCCUCGAGCAGGCCGCAGAGUGUGUGGGAACAGGCCAAGCCGCUGGGGAUGCGGGGCGUACCGAGCUGCCAGAGGUGGAUGGCAUUGUCGAGGAGCUAGCGCGGCUGAAGCUGGGGGCCCGCCACCGCGCGCGGGGAAACGAGCUGUACCGGAAGCGCAACUUUGCUGGGGCGUUGCGAGCGUAUGAGAGCGGGCUCAGAGUGCUUAACGAGUGUGCGACUCUGCACUGCAACAAGGGCAUGGCGCUUGCAGCACUCGGAAGGCAUGAACCAGCUGUCCAGGCGUGCACCAUGGCGCUCGAGCUUGAUUCUUCGUGCACAAAAGCUUGCCGCCAAAGAGCAGACAGCUUGGUGCUCAUUGGAAAGCCGGAAGCAGCAGCUGCGGAUUAUGCUGCUUUGCUCCUUGUCAACCCGGAGGACGAGCAUCUGCAACAACUUCUGCAUAAACUUCGUGUUUCGGCGUGACGCCGAAAUCCAGAUGUUUUGCGUCAAACUUUUGCUUAUUGCAACUUUUCUUUUGCGGUUCGAUCCCAAAGAACGCGUUGGAUGCUGCACCACUUCGCUCCGUACAUGGCGUUGUUGUCCAUUUUUUG